AUGGAAUGCUCCUCCAUGUACUUGGAUUCAGCUUCAAACGGAUUCUAUUAUCAAUUAGAGGGAAACCAAGGAUGGCGGAAAAAGGCGAAUACUGAUGGUAAUCCCAUAGGAACCCACCGUCACUACCACAGUGUUCCGUUUGUUCACGGGCAAACACCUACUGUUGCUGCAGCAGCAGCAGUAGCAGCAGCAGCACCACUAAUCUCUCAUCAGCAGAAAGCUGCACGCAGCCAGAAACCAAUGAAUACAAAUCCACCGCAAAGGUUGCACUGUUUAUGA